GCUAUAACUAACUUGUCUUUUGCAUAUUGUUUCUAACUUUCUAUAGAAAAAAAAGUUCUAUAGAAAAAACAGUAACCAUCUUGUCUUAUGCAAGAGAGAUUCAAUGUAACAACUUUAUAUUCACACUAGAGUUUGUUUUUUGUUCUACUCCAUUUGUAGAGAGAAGUUCUUCUGCAUUUGUAGAGAGAGAGAGAGGGGAGAGGGAUGGAAGAUUCCGGUGACCAAUUUGAUGUGAUUGUGGUGGGAGCAGGCAUAAUGGGUAGCUCUACAGCAUACCAAAUUGCCAAAAGAGGUCACAAAGUCCUCCUCCUCGAGCAAUUCGAUUUCUUGCACCAACGCGGAUCGUCCCACGGCGAGUCAAGAACUCUCCGAGCCACCUACCCGGAGGACUACUACUCCGGCAUGGUGAAAGAAUCAUCCGAACUCUGGCAACAAGCCGAAUCCGAGGCCGGCUACAAGGUCUAUUUCAAAACUCCCCACUUGGACAUGGGCCCUUCAGACAACAAGAGCCUCCGCGCCGUCAUCAACAGCUGCCGGUCAAAUUCGGUGCCCUGCCGGAUACUCAACCCUGACCAAGUCCACGAGGAGUUCUCCGGGAGGAUUAAGCUGCCGGAGAACUGGAUGGGGGUCGUGACUGAGCUCGGCGGCGUGAUCAAGCCCACCAAAGCGGUGUCCAUGUUUCAAACACUUGCGCUGAGAAACGGUGCUGUGCUUAGAGACAACAUGGAAGUGAAUGACAUAAAGAGAGAUGAAAUGAGAGGCGGCAUUUUGGUGCAGACCACAAAUGGCGAGAGGUUUUGGGGGAAAAAGGGUGUGGUGACAGCAGGGGCUUGGAUCAAGAAGUUAGUGAAAAGAGUGAGCGGUCUCUCACUUCCGGUACAGCCUCUAGAGACCACCGUUUGUUACUGGAGGAUCAAGGAAGAGUAUUGGGAACACUUCACAAUCGCCGGCGGCUUCCCGACGUUCGCCAGCUACGGCGAGCCCUACAUAUACGGCACGCCGUCGUUGGAGUUUCCGGGACUGAUCAAGGUUCCGAUGCACGGCGGACAACCGUGUGACCCGGAUAGGAGGACAUGGAGUUUGGCGCCAAUGAUGGUGGACACAUUGAAAGAAUGGAUCGAGGCAAGAUUUGGGGAGUUUGUCCAGUCCUCUUCGGGUCCACUCAUGACGCAGUCAUGCUUGUAUUCCAUGACGCCGGACGAGGAUUUCGUGGUGGAUUUCUUGGGCGGGGAGCUGGCGGAGAAGGUGGUGGUUGCCGGCGGGUUUUCGGGACACGGGUUCAAGAUGGCGCCAGUGGUGGGGAGGAUAGUGGGUGAUUUGGUGGUUAGUGGGGAGGCAAAAGGUGUGGAGCUGAAGCACUUUAGGUUGGGAAGGUUUGACGGGAAUCCAAAAGGUAACAUCAAAGACUUUGAAGAUCAAGUCAUGUUUUCUGGAAAUUCAAAGUAGGGAUAUGGAUUGUGAUAAAGACCAUAUGAGAUCUCUUAUUAUUUUCUUUAUGUGAGAAAUUAAUUAGACAUAUGGAGUGUAUUUGGAGCCAUUCAUUGGUGUCUUAUCUUGAUAAUGCUAUCAUUGUUUGCCACUACUUUCUCUGCCUAUAUCUCUUGAGCGUGCGCGGGUUGGCGGCGCCGAAAAUUUAUAUUUCUAGGUCAUUUGCUGAUAUGUGCCGUAUAAAUUAUAUAUAUAUAUUUAUAUAUAUAAUCAAGUAGAUAGGAAAGAAAGUUUUGAUGAUGCUUUGCAGUCAAUUUGCGUCUAAUGACUUGCAAACUCAGAGUGAUAUUAUAAAUAAUGUUUGGAUUAGUCUUAUUAUCUUAUGUACCGCAAAUAUAAACACACUAAGAUGGGAGAAAUUUUAUUCUUA